CCCCAACGAAGAGGUUGUGAGGUUCGGUUCGUGUAGUACUGUACUUAGAUAUGAGUCAGUGAUUUUGACGAGCACGUACGUUGGUAGGUACUACCACUCUCUACUCUCGAGCUCCUACUCGUGAAAAUCGCUGUUGGGAGCGACAUUUAAUCAUUGCAUUGCCAACAAUUCCAUAAAAGCAUUCGGAAACAGAAUCCAGAAUCAAGAACAUGAAGCAAUCAGGAAUUUUCACCAGGCUCUUAGUUCUUGCUGCCGCAUCUGGCGCCGCAAAUGCCUUCGCUCCACAAUCCUACUCGACGGCAUCGAAGACCCUCUCGAGCGCUCCCACCACCGCCUCGUCGUCGUCGUCGUCGUCGUCGUCGCUGAACGUGUUCAACCCGUUUGCCAAGAAAGAAGCAGCCCCUGCCGUCGUGGAAGUGGUGAGGGAAGAGCCCGUUCCCGGACCGCUGGAAACCCAAAACUAUGUUGCCGGAGCCGUCUGGAUCACGCUCAUUGCCUUUGCGUUCGGAGCCGCGCCCGGRGAACUUAAUUCGGCCGCCGACCAGGAAAUGGUCACCACCCUCGUAACGCAGCCCAGCCCCCGGCCGGAGCAGAUCAACGAAUUGUGGUUUGCCAUCUGGAACUGCUUCGCCGUGGUCCCGGCGCUCCUCGCGGCGCUCGAAGCCCCCGUCGGACGCGGCCAGCGCCUCCCCGCGGCUCCCUUCCUGUGGGGAUCCGCGGCCUUUGGCUACUUUUCGCUYGGUCCGUACUUUGCGACGAGAACCAUGCGAACGGAGCCCGCCGACACCGAAGACCUCGGCUGGGCCUCCCGGAACAUUUUCGAGAACCGGCUGUUCGGCGUGGCGCUUUCCGCACUCGCCCUGUCGAUUCCGUUCAGCUCCGACCUGCUGGGGUGCGACGUUUCCGCUACCAUUGGUGGAUUCAUCGAGCUCGCAUCUACCUCUAGGUUUGUAUCGGUUGCCUCUGCAGACAUCGUCAUCAUGUCUCUUUUGGCCGCGGUGUUGGUGUCCGAAGACGCAAAGCGAAGAGGAUGGGAAGACAGAUCCGUUCCGUUGCUUGCAGCAUCGAUCCUUCUACCCGUGAUCACCCCCUGCCUGUAUCUCGCCGCGAGACCAUCUCUCGAGGAAUAAAGCGACUGCCAGCGAUCAAUGGAGACGAUAAAAGCAGAGCCGUGAA